UUAUGUAUUGUUUAAAAAUAUAAAAUCCAUGGUAAUAUAAUUUGCUACGUAGUCUGAUUUACGAGCAAUUCGUCUAGUAACAACGUCAACGAAAAGGCGCGAGCUUUUAUUCGAGCCAAGGGAACAAAAUACAAGAUGAACGGAGCCGACGACAAGAAGCGUAACACCGAGACAGACGAACUGAAAGAUAGAAACGCUUCGAUGGACGUUUCAUCCAGCGUAGAACGUCAAAACAACGGCAAAAUUUUCCACCACCAAACGCCUCCCAAAUCGGAAGAACCGAUCGUGCUUGACUUGACGGUCAGUGACGAAUACGGUAACCGUACUUUGCCAAUUUAUCGUCGUUCGGUUAGAUUGAAAUUUGACGAAAACGAAACACCGACGAAUGAUAGUCAAUAUAGCGGAUAUUCGUGUUAUGCCGACGAUAUGAACUACCUAUCCAGCUUGGAGAUGCCCGAGUUAAUGUACCAAGCUGUCGACUGGAAGCUUAAUAUGCUGGACGACGACGUCAUCACGACCGUCAUCAACGUACUGCAGUCGUUCUACUCGGAUAUGCUGUUCAUUAAUCCGUGCAUAACGCAAUGUAUCCUUUUCGCUAAAGUUAAACAUGUACCUUUGUUUUUGGAUCCUUUGGCGGCGAAAAGUUACCGGUAUGUGUUUUUCGUGCUAAACGACAGCAGACGCUGCGACCACAGCAGUCAUUGGUCGUUGGCCGUGCUCGAUACCAAAUCCGAACAUUUGUAUCAUUUCGACUCGAUGCGCAAUACUAAUUAUAAAGUCGCUUACGAGUUGGCUCAGAAAAUAUGCGAGUAUUUCGACGCCUGGCAGAUGACCGACGUGUACAGCGAGCAACAAGGAAACACCACCGAUUGCGGAUAUUUUGUAAUCGAUAACAUAUUGAAAUUAAUUCAUCUCGUUAAAAUGGACAUGAAUUUAACCAGAAUCGUUAUGCUGCCUUCGAUGAUUAGCAAAACUAAAAAUUUCAUACAAAAUUUAUACCUCAGAAGUAAAACUGGUACAGCUGAAUGACGUCCAGUACUAAUCAAUUGAUCUUAUGUUUUUUGCCAUGUUGUUGUUAUCAUUUUUAUUGUUUUUCUACCUCUUAUUCGCGUACAUGUUGCUAAUAAAAAUAUCAUCGACCGUU